AUGGAGACACCAAACAAUGCCAGGGCUGCUUCACCUUUACCAGAGAACGCGGCAACUACGAACUGCAGCUGCUCGAAGACUCUUGGUAGGAACCUCGUCGUGUGUAUCGAUGGCACCUCCAAUAAACUAGGCAAGAAGAAUACGAAUGUCAUUGAGCUAUACGGACUUCUCGAGAAGGACACCAACCAAGUCACGUUCUAUAAUAGCGGUAUCGGAACAUUUGCAAAGCCGUCCUGGAAAUCCUUGACACACCUCAGACAUGCCAUUGGCCAUAAGCUGGACCUUGCCAUUGCUUGGGAUUUUGAGAAGAUUGUAAUUCUGGCAUAUCGUUGGCUGUCGGAAAAUUAUCAGCCCAACGAUAGGAUCUUCCUAUUUGGUUUCUCCCGAGGUGCAUACCAAGUUCGGUGCCUAUCGGCCAUGAUCAAGACCGUUGGACUUAUCUAUCGCGGAAACGAGGCCCAGAUACCAUUCGCUUACGAGCUAUAUGCGGCCAUAACGGAGGACGAGAAUAGCGAGGCCAAUUUGGUGGCAACUCGUUUUAGAAACGAGUUCUCCAGAGCAGUCAAUGUGCAUUUCGUAGGCGCAUGGGAUACGGUAUCUUCUGUCGGUAUACUUCGGAGCAAGAGCCUUCCUAGAACCACUUCCGGCAUGGAACAUGUUUGCUACUUCCGACACGCCUUGGCCCUUGAUGAACGACGGGUGAAGUUCCUUCCUGAAUAUGCUCGGGGUGGGAGCUCCUUGCCCGACCCUUCCCAUGUCAGAUCUGAUUCAAACCCCCCAUAUGAAUCGAGCCCAGAUGACCCCCCACGUGUCAAGGAGGUCUGGUUCGCAGGUACUCAUACAGACAUAGAUCUUGAUCAGAACGAACCUCCUUUGCAGUGGAUGGCGUCCGAGGCCACUGCCGUCGGCUUGAAAACGGUGUCAGUUGAGACGAGGGGAGAGGCAACUGUCGUCAUCCACGAGUCUUUGACGUGCCCCUGGUGGUUGCUCGAGAUCAUGCCGUGGAGGCGGUUAUCUUACGAGACCAGCAAGAAUGAGACUAUGGUGCCUCAUCUAGGGCGUGGUCGUUAUAUUCGGGCGGGCCAGAAGAUCCACAGCUCCGUCAAGCACGGAUCUCGCGCCCACAAAACCAUUCUACAGAUGAUGGGCCACUCAUCGUCCGACACAACCAAGAAACACGUAGUGGGCGCCACCACAUUCCGCGUCUCCUCGAAUUACACACCCAGAGCAUCCAUCAGAGUCGAGGAUCGUCUUGAUGAAAUAGAAGGUCACCGAUUCCUUUCCCCAGAGGAAAAGUUCGAGCCCGAUCUGAGUGAUCUCGCGUUGGAGCUGGUCGAGAAACUCUCGAGCUUGCAACAAUCUGGAGAGCUAGAAAGUCAGGCCUUUCGAAAUCGUGUGCGACCUCUGUAUUACUCCCGUGAGUAG